AUGUCGUCCAUUGAUGUUGCGAUCAAUGAACUGAAUACUGCAGCAUGGAUAGUUGUACUUGUAAUACCUCUUAUCAGUUUUGUACCAGGUGUAGUUGGACUUAUCUUUAACGUACUUGUUUUUACUCGACCAACACUGCGUCGCGAACCAUGUGCACUUUACUUUUUCUCAUCAACAUGUUUUAAUUUAUUUGUUGAAUUUAUUGUGUUGCCUGUACGCAUACUCAGCAAUGGUUUUGCUAUAGAUAUGGCUUUUAACAAUCUUGCUAUAUGCAAAAUCGAACAUUAUAGCUUCUAUACAGUACACGCCAUAUCGUGUUGGUUAAUUGCAUUUGCAUGUGUCGAUCGCUAUCUUCAUAGUUCAGCAAACGUGCACAUUCGUCGAAUGAGUUCAGUGAAAACAGCACGAGUACUUAUUGGAAUCACUAUCAUUGCAAUGUUCAUCUUCUAUAGUCACAUGCUCGUUUACUAUGAAAUAAGCUAUGCAGCCGAUCAAUUUGGUAAAAUUGUUCCAUCGUGCAAUGGCCAAAAGGGAAUCUAUCGCACGUUUAUUGCAUUUUGGCAUAUGGUUUUUUACUCACUUUGUCCAUGUAUUCUCAUGCUUUUAUUUGGUUCUCUUACACUUAACAAUAUUCGUCAGCGACGUCGAGUUCUCUCAUUGGUUGGUGAAGGUAAUCGGUUUAUUAGACGUACAGAUACUCAUCUCUUGCGCAUGUUAGCUGCUCAAAUGCUUAUCAUUAUUAUUUCUACUUUACCACAUUCUAUCUAUCGUCUAUACGCAUCAUUCACUUCAAAUAUGCCAAGAAACUCACUUCGAAUUGCUCAAGAAAAUUUGAUUUCUCAAACGGUCAAUACAAUAGCAUAUUUCGCUCAUACAAGUAGCUUCUAUUUAUAUACAUUAACUGGUGAUGUUUUUCGCAAGGAAGUUAUCAAAAUUGUCGUUGGUUGCUUGCCUCACUAUCGAAAUCAUGUUCGCAUGUUUCAUGUUAGAACGAAUCAAAUAACAGUUUUGCAGAAGUAUCCACAAAUUCCUGUUAUACAUCAUGCUUCAACACAGCAAUAA